AUGAGUGGAAAGUCGAUCGGAACAAGUAAAAGCAAGCCGGUCUUGACCAAGGAUGAAGUUGAGAAGGCGUUCGAUAUUUGCGACAAGGAUGGAACUGGAUUUAUUUCCAUUAAACGGCUGAAAGUAAGGAUUGUAUUACUUUCGAUGUGUCUUGAAAUAACUUGUAAUUUUGUGGAAGAUAAAUUCCCCGAGAUUAGUGUGGGACAGAGAGACCUGAUCUAAAUUUUACGAUUUGAGAUCGUUUUUCUGUAAAUUUAAAAUCAAACUCAUUUUUAGAUUGUAAUGAGAGCUAUGGGAUUCGAGCCCAGACAGAAAGAAAUCGACGAGUUGGUAAAGAAGAUGCAGGAGAACGAAGUCGCAAGACAAGUUAGCUCAGGUAUGCCCGGUUCCAAUUAUUUAAGCCUUAAUUUUUAGACUCUUUCACUCUCGAAGAGUUGAUGUACAUCCUCAAUGAGAAACUUUCGGAUGCCGACGAUAGCAGCAGAGAAAUCAGAAGUGCGUUUGAACUGUUUGAUGUCCAGAACAAAGGUUUUAUCAAUUUCACGGACCUGAAGCGAGUUGCCAAGGAAUUGGGUGAGGAUGAGAUUGAGGACAAAGAUCUUUGGGUAAGCACAUGGAUAAGAUAAAUUUUGGCCCAAGUUUGGACUCUGAUGUAUAUUAGAUGCUAGAAUAAGGUUUUACAAAUGUUAGAAAUUAUUUUUGCGUCGUUUAGGAGAUGAUCCACUUCGCUGACCUUACGAAACGCGGCAAAGUCUUCGAAAAUGACUUUAAAGUCAUCAUGAAGAAGACAAAAAUGUAUUAA